AUGCGCAUAGCUGAAGUAGCUGGAGACAAUCAACCAAAUGAUACUUCAAAGACAUUUGUUUUUUAUGAUGAGGGGCACACUUUAGGCAAUGCCUUAAGAUUUGUAAUCAUUAAGUACCCUGAAGUUAAUUUCUGUGGUUACACAGUUCCUCAUCCAGCUGAACAGAAAAUGCACUUCAGAAUUCAAACAAAUGGAAUAAGGGCAGUUGAUAUACUUCAAAGAGGGCUGGAAGAUCUUGAAAAAAUUUGUGAACAUACUCUCAAAGUGUUUGAUGAAGCUGUUUCUGACUACAAAAGUAAAUCAUCUAAGGAAGAAACUGAAGCUUUAAGUUGA